AUGUAGUAACUCAAGAGUGAUUUAGAUCGUUUUACUGACGAUUAAAAGAAGUUUAUUUUAUCUCCAAAAAAUGUAGAUAUCAAAGUCAAUGCUUGCGCUGGAUCUGGAAAAACUGAAUGCAUUCUUUAAUUUGUAAAAUAGGCUAGAUUGAGUGGAAUUAAUUAUAAGCAAAUUUGCAUUACUACGUUUAACAUCUAAGCAAUAAAUGAUAUACAUAAAAGAGCAGUCGAUUUAUUUGGUGAAGAAUUAGCUGAUGAGAUAGAAAUUAAAAACUUUGAUAAAUUAAUAACUAAAUCUUAUGAAUCAAUCAAAACUUUAUAAAAUCCUUAACAAAAAGAUAUUUUUACAGAAGAGGUAGAUAUUACCUUAGUUGAAAAAUAAUUUGAGCUAGUGAACAUGGAUUACUAAAAUUUAGGUAAGGAUGAUAAAAUGUAAAUCUUUGGCGCAUAUAAAAUAAUUAUUUUUGAUGAAUUUUAAGAUAUUAAUGAACUUUAAUACAGCUUUUUAUUGCUAUUCAAAAAAUAUGGAGGAUCAAACAUCGUUGUAGUUGGAGAUGUAUUUUAAAAUAUUUAUCAAUUUAGAGGAUCAGAUUAAAAAUAUUUGAGUAAUCAAAUUAAUCAAGACAUUCAAAGUAUAAACUAAAAUUUGAAAAAGAGGGAUUAAAAAAUUAUAGAUCUUAGUUUAUCUAUAAACUUUAGAUGUUCCUAGGAAAUUACUUUUUUUGCAAAUGAAAUAAUUAAAUGCUAAAAUGAGAAUACAAAUUUUAUGAAAUCCUUUUAAGAGUUGGAUAAUUCAAAAAAUACUAUUAAGAAGAAGUAGAUUCCUUAUUUAGAAGGCUUUAUGAGUAAUAGAGAUUAAUUUAAAAGUAUUGUCUAAUCAAUAAAUACUUACAUUGAAGAAGGAUAUUCAUAUGACGAUAUAGCUAUAAUUAGUCCAAUUUAAGCAUCUCUUAAGGAAAUAGAGUACCUUAUUUUAUAACAAAAUUAUAAAAUAAAAUAAAACCCAGAUAAAAAUAAAGAUAAAAAGAUAAUACCUUAUUACAGUGUAAUAGGAGAUAGCUCUAAUUUUGAUUAUAAGCAUCAAUUUAAAUAAAAAAAUAAAAUUUCGCUUUCAACUAUCCAUAGAGCAAAAGGAUUAGAAUGGAAAAUAGUAUUCUUUAUUGGAUUGAAUGAUGAUGUAAUUCCUAUGUCAUUUUUAAGAUAAGGUGACUUGAAAUAGAAAAUGGAAGAAAUGAGGCGUCUGUUUUAUGUUGGAUGCACAAGAUCUGCAGAAAUACUGAAAAUGUACUAUUUUUGUAAUAAUUCAAGAAAAGCAUCGCGAUUAUUCAAAAAUAUAAGCAAAGAAUCAUAUUCUAAGGAUGAAAAUGUUAUAAUAGAAGAAGAUGAUGACAAAUUCAAUGAAGAGAAAUAAAAUAAAAAAAAUAAAUAUAGAAUUAGUGAUUUUUUUGAUAAUUUAAGCAAUAUUUAGUAUAUCAAUCAUCUAAAAUAAUCCUAAUAAUAUCUUAAAGAUAUUUAUGUCAGCGAAAUAGAAAUAUUCAAUAAAUAGCAUACUCUUAGCGAAUAAUAGAUACAAUUGAUAUUUUCAGAAUAGUAACAAAACUUGCUAUUCAAUUACAUAUAAAUAAUUCUUUUAGAAAAAAGUAAGAAAUAAGUUUAGCUCACUAAAGAAGCUUACUAUUUAUAGAAAAUAAAAUAGAAAAUAUAAAAUUUAUAAGAACAUAAUUACCUAUAAAAUAUGCUUAAAUUAUUCAAAGACAAUAAUUAAUCUUUAGAGAGAAAUCAAAAAGAGCUUUAUGAAGCUAUUUAUAAAGCAUGUAUCUUUUUAGAAGUAAAAAAAUCAAAUUAGUUUAAAUAUAUUUUCUACCAAGAUCCCUAUAAAGAAUAAGAAAAAAUCAUAAACUGCUUAAAGAAAAUGUUGGAUACUUGUUUUAAAAAGUAAGAUUAUUAAGAUCUCCUUAUUUAAGAUUAUAUUGAAAAAGAUAAAUUUUAUGAUUAUGAAACCUUCUCAAGUAAAGACACAAUCUAUGAAAUCAUAUAAUCUUUUGAAAAACAAACAGUUGGAAAAUAAGUUAUGCUAACAGUUUUAGGGAAAAUAUCUAUCCUUAAAGUAAAAUAUUAGAGAGAUAUUAAAAAUAUAUUAUUCUACAAUCCGAUAUAAGGAACGUCUGUCAAAUACUCUCUAUCUAAUUGGAAUUUUCAUGAUCAAUUUAUUUCAUAUAUGGAAGAUAUUAUAAAAUAAGAAAGUGAUUAAAAUAACUUGAAUUAAUGUUCAAGUUAAUCCUUUUAAAAUGUAUCAAAUAUUUAGAAAAAAAAAGAUGAAUAGAAUUCUAGUAUCAAUAUAAAAUUAAAUUAAAUUCAGCAGGAAAUAAGUUCGUCUAAAUUUAAAGAUUAGGUUUAAAAUAAAAACAAUUUAAUCAUAGACUUAGAAUAAUCACCAACCGUUUUAGAUUAUAACUAAAAAAAGGGGAAAUUAAUACAUGCUGCUCCAUUUUAAUAAGAACCUGGUCUUUCUAAAAGGCUUCAUUUUGAACAGGAUGAAUCUUUCGGUUUAAGAAACUGA